CGCUGCGCCGGGCUCGGAACCCCCGAGGGACGCUCGGCUCGGCUCGGCUCAGCUGCUGCUUUGUUCUCGGGCUCUGGCUGGCCGGGCAGAGCCGGUGACCGGCCGCCUGUCUGAGUCAGUGUCACCAGCCCUCAGGUGCCGCUGGGUCCAGGCUGUGGCCCUCCGUCCCCGCAGACCCGCCGCGAUCCCAUCAUAGGAGGCUCCGGCUCUAAGAUGUCCAGCCGAGCCGUCUGCCGAGAGGCCAGUCACGCCGGGAGCUGGUACACGGCGUCAGGACCUCAACUCAACGCACAAUUAGAAAGCUGGCUUGCCCAAGCACAACCCACUGGGAGACCGGCUAGAGCUAUCAUUGCACCUCAUGCAGGGUACACAUACUGUGGAUCUUGUGCUGCUCAUGCUUAUAAACAAGUGGACCCAUCCAUCACACGCAGAGUUUUUAUCUUGGGACCAUCGCACCAUGCACCUCUUUCUCGCUGUGCACUAUCCACUGCAGAUAUUUAUAGAACGCCUUUGUAUGAUCUACGCAUCGAUCAAAAGAUUUAUGGAGAGCUGUGGAAGACGGGAAUGUUUGAGCGGAUGACUAUUCAAAUAGACGAAGACGAACACAGUAUUGAGAUGCAUUUGCCUUACACAGCAAAAACCAUGGAAAGCCAAAAAGAUGAGUUAACCAUUGUCCCUGUUUUGGUUGGAGCAUUGAGUGAUUCCAAAGAACAGAUGUACGGGGAGCUCUUUAGUAAAUACCUUGCAGAUCCUCUAAAUCUCUUUGUGAUUUCAUCAGAUUUCUGUCACUGGGGGCAACGUUUUCGAUACACGCAUUAUGAUGAGAGUCAAGGGGAGAUCUACAGAUCAAUUCAGCACUUGGAUAAAAUGGGUAUGGAUAUUAUAGAGCAAUUAGAUGCUGUAUCAUUUAACAACUAUUUGAAGAAAUACCACAACACUAUCUGUGGUCGCCACCCAAUUGGGGUUCUGCUCAAUGCAGUGACGGAAUUGAGGAAGAGUGGGAUGAACAUGGCUUUCUCGUUCCUGAACUAUGCUCAAUCAAGUCAAUGCAAAAACUGGGAGGAUAGUUCUGUUAGCUAUGCUGCGGGUACUCUGAUGGUCCACUGAAUCACUGCUACUCAGGAAAGCCACCGCAUUCUCCGUCUCCUGAUCCCAGCCUUCCUUCAAAGACAUACCUCCAUCGUUUGGAGCUAUCGGAUGUUGAACAUUUGAACUCUUCUUCCCCGAGGUGUAGUCCCUCAUAGUUUUGAUUGACAUGUGCUUUAUGUUUUUUUUCCUUUUAGACUGGUGAGGUACAGGAUGACAUUAACUAGCAAUUAAAUUGGCCAGUUCUGGCAGUAUAAAACAAUAGAUGUGUACUUGCUUACAGAUAGUUUGGCAGGAUGUGGGUGAGAGUGUACCAUUUAUAUCCAAGUCAGUUGCAUUUAUAAUCUCAUACCAUAGUUACUCAAGUAUAAGCUGCAGUGCAAACAGCUGCUGCCAACAUUGUAUAAGAUUUUUUUUUGUUUAGUUGCUAAUAAAGGGCUACACACAAUAAAAUGGUCUUAUGAUUUAGA